CCUCAGGGCUAAUGUAUUCAACUGCCAAUAUAUGUGUUAUGGGUGCGGCCCCUGAGCUUUGAGCUCGUAGCCGGUUGUGUAGCCGUGCAAGCAUAGCCACAGCCAAUCACUGAGGGCCUAAUAAACCAAGAAAGCUAAGCAACAUAAUUUGUAGCAGCCAUCGUGCCUAAGAAAACCAACCCACGUGUCCUAGGUCGCCUCGUGAAUUCACUUGCUGCUCAACCACUCAUUAGCCCGACCAACCCCUAAACACAACAACCCUGCCAGCGAAAUGUCGUUUAUGCAUCUGCAUACAAAAAGCGCCCUCCCUGUCGACAAGCGUCGCGCCUUCGGAACGCAUCCCCGUCCAUUCGCGCCAUGCCGCACAGCUCCAUCCUCUUCCCGCUCGCGCGCUGUUCGCCGCGUUCGUGCCUCCUCAGCUUCAUCUUCAUCUUCUGAUAGCUCCAACGACGCCGACGUCAUCGUAGUGGGGGCGGGUGUGGCAGGUCUCAAUUGCGCGGUGCGGCUGCAUGCCGCGGGCUUACGUCCGCUAGUGCUGGAGGCCAGCGACGGAGUGGGCGGGCGAGUGCGCACGGACGAGGUGGAGGGCUUCCUGCUCGACCGCGGCUUCCAGAUCUUCCUAACCAGCUACCCCGAAGCUCGUGCCGCGCUGGACCUGCCCUCGCUGCGCCUGCGCCCCUUCUACUCGGGCGCGCUGGUGCGCUGGGGCGGCGCCUUCCACCGCGUGGCGGACCCGCUGCGGCACCCGGUGGCGGGGCUGGCGAGUCUGGUGGGGGGUAACCCGGUGGGCAGCCCCACGGACAAGAUACGAGUGGGGCUGUUCAGGCUCAAGAGCCUGCUGGGCAGUGUAGAGGACCUGCUGGCGCGACCUGAGACCACCACUGAGGAGAGGCUGAAGGCCGAGGGCUUCUCCCCAGCCAUCAUCGACCGCUUCUUCCGCCCCUUCCUGGGCGGCAUCUUCUUCGACCGCAGCCUCUCCACCUCCUCGCGACUGUUCGAAUUCGUGAUGCGCUCCCUGGCGACCGG